CCGCGCUCGCGCCUGCUUCGCGAAUCUGCCCGUCUGCUUGAGGCAAACAAUUUGAGCGGCUCUUGAUCUAUCUUGCCAAAAUCGCGCUGCCAUCUGGUGACCAUCACCUGAUGCGCAAGUCUACAAACCGACAUGGAUGGCCCUGUCCGCCAUGACACCAUCGCUGAUGCUGUCGAUGACGCUGAGCCUGCCACCACUAGCCCGACUGUGCCCGAUGCCAGUCAGCACCAUACACUAAAGUAUCAUCUCCUAGGCCCGUCUCUCACAAAGUCUGGCCAAGACGAUGUCGAUCAGAAAAAGGUGUCGGAGAUCAUCUAUGAAGCAUCCAAGGGCAGCAAGUACUUCAACAACGAAGAGGCCAGGGACAAGACCUUAACCAUCAAGAUCAAUCGCAUUCUCGCAAAGAAACGCCAGCUUGACAGGAUAGACCUGAGCUACGACUUGCGCAAAGCAGACGAAUACGUACAGAAGCUCGAAUUGAGCCGUGACCUGACCCAGAUCAUCGUCCAUGUCGAUUGCGAUGCCUUUUAUGCCGCUGUGGAAGAGCUCGACCGCCCAGAUCUCAAGGACGUUCCGUUCGCUGUUGGAAAAGGUGUCUUGACGACCUGCAACUACCAUGCGAGGAAACACGGAUGUCGCAGUGGUAUGGCUGGCUACAUCGCUGACAAGCUCUGUCCUCAACUCAUUCACAUCUCGCCAAACUUCGAAAAGUACUCGGCCAAAGCGAAAGAAAUUCGUGUGGUCCUCGCCAGAUACGAUGCCCGCUUUGAAGCUGCCAGUGUCGACGAGGCCUAUCUCAACAUCACACCCUACUGCGAGGAACACAACAUGGAUCCGGAAGAUGUCGUCCAGCAGCUGCGUGCAGAAGUCUUCGAAGAAUGCAAAGUCACCGUCUCUGCUGGCAUCGCUGCAAAUGCAAAGCUGGCAAAGAUCUGCUCCAACAAGAAUAAGCCUAAUGGCCAGUUCAAGCUGCCUUCAGACCGCGCAAGCAUCAUGUCAUUCAUGAAGGAUUUGCCCACGCGCAAGGUGAACGGCAUCGGCCGAGUCUUCGAGCGUGAACUUGACGCUAUCGGUGUCAAGGCUUGCGGAGACAUCUUUGCCGAACGUGCCUACAUGUCUAAACUCUUUGGUGAGAAGGCGUUUCAAUUCUUGAUGGGUGUAUAUCUCGGACUUGGCAGGACCAAUGUUCAGCCUGCAGAAGAGUAUGAGCGCAAGAGUGUUGGCACCGAAAGUACAUUCAAGGAGAUGUCCGAUCCACAGCAGCUUCGCGACAAGCUCCGACAUGUUGCAGAAGAGUUGGAGAAAGACUGUGAGAGGACACAAUUCAAGGGCAGGACACUAGUCUUGAAAGUGAAGUUGCAUACAUACGAGAUCCUCACACGCCAGGUCGCGCCGCCCAAAGCCGUGCAUAUGGCUGACGAUUUAUACAAUUUCGCCUUGCCUAUGCUUGUCAAGCUGGAAAAGGAUAUCCCCAAAUUCACCCUACGCCUUAUGGGACUGAGGCUUACAUCGCUAAUUAGCAUGAAGAAAAGUAACAUCGACACCUUUUUCGCCGUCAAACCACAAUCCGCAUCGAGAAAGCCGUUCGUACCUGCCGGCGAAGGCGAGUGGGAGCAAUGGCCUGACUCGGAGUUUGAGGAAGCCGCUCGCCAAGAGAAGCAGGACGACUUGGAGACCAUGGAAAGGAUGAGUCAAGAGUACAGGGAUGAGUACAAUAAUACUCCGAAACAGUCAGCAGCCGGACACGCAGGUACAAUAAUAGCAAGCGUGCCUGCAGCAGCAUCUGAAGAUAAGGGCAAGGACGACGAAGGCGAUCAAGAAAAGAAAUGGGAUUGUCCCAUCUGUAGUCAGCCGCAGUCUGCUGAUCCUGUGCUUUUCAAUCAGCAUAUAGAUGGCUGUCUUUCAAAGCAGACGAUAAAGGAGAUCGUUCGUGAGACUGCAUCACCGUCGGGCUCUCCACAAGGUAAAGCUUCAGAGCUUGGUCAAGGGAAGAAAAGAGGUCGACCUAAGGCGGCAGACCCUCAGCCAAAGCGGCCCAAGAGCGCCUUUUUCUCUCGAUAACGCCCAAUGCGUAGUCUGACUUCAGACUGCGCUCCUAUACUCGAUAGACUGUUUUAAUCCUUGCUAUACCAGUGCAUCAUUCAGCUUCGCCUGCAAAGUCCGAAGCGUGCUCGCUCGGCAUAUCCAGAUUCACCCACAUGAUUAGCCGACUCGUAGACCGUACGCGAUUUCAGCUUUGGAGUGUUGCGUGUAUGCAGUAGAUACGAGAGCAUUUAAUCCUACCCUUACCGGGCUGCAGAAUAUCCACUAUCGAGCCCUACCAAUGUCCGAGACAUUUCGCUGAGCUGUUUUUGAGCCUCAUCUUGUGACACAGCGGGGUCAACUUGAAUCUUCAAACUGUUUCC